AUGGCUAGUAUCGAUCGCUACCGGCCGACUAGGGAGGCCUACCAGCCUCCUACUCUGCCACCGGGCGGGCCGCCACGACCAGAUCGGCUUUCACGAUCCCCUGCGCGUCGUCUUGACGUUCCGCCAGCUGUUCCAUCACCGCCGACGCACUCAUCCCGGACGUCGCCACCGCGACCUGCUUCCCAACGCGACACGCGCUCGCCCCAGCGCUCGAGGGCGCAAACACCAGCUCCCCCGCCUAAUCAGUGGUACUUUACCCCCGACGAGACGUUGAGCACACCGAGUAUCCUUGACGGCAUCUCUCCAGCGGAAGAACGACUGCGGCGAGCAAAGGGUGUCAAUUUUAUAUACCAAGCAGGUGUCUUACUCGAUCUGCCCCAGAUAACCCUUUGGGUCGCAGGCGUCUUCUUCCACCGAUUCUAUAUGCGAUACAGCAUGGUCGAAGAGAAGGGCGGCAUUCACCAUUAUGUGAGACUAAGAUCCUUUCUUUUCCCGUCUCUCGCGAUGAUGUUGGCCGUCUCUGAUUGGUAUCAGGCGCGUCCCACGCUUCCUAGGUCGAAGCGAGGCGCCGAGAAAGCUCAAGCUGAACCUUUGCUGACGGAGUCGACUGAACAGAAUAUUGCGGCUACAGCGCUCUUUCUUGCGAAUAAGACUGAGGAGAACUGCCGGAAGACGAAAGAAAUCAUCAUCACCGUUGCAAAAGUCGCCCAGAAAAACCCCAAGCUCAUGAUUGACGAGAUGAGCAAGGAGUACUGGCGUUGGAGGGAUAGCAUCCUCAUGUACGAGGAACUCAUGCUGGAGUACUUGACAUUCGAUCUCGUGGUUGAGAACCCGUACCAACGCCUUUUCGAACUUCUCGGUCAGCUUGACAUCGUCCAUAACAAGCAUCUCCGGCAGUCGGCCUGGGCAUUCUGCAGCGACGCUUGUCUCACAUCAAUCCCCCUGCUACUCGAGGCUCGCGAUGUUGCCAUCACCGCCAUCUUUUUCGCCAGCGUGCACACCGACCAGAAAAUCGAAGACGUCAAUGGCGAGCCGUGGUGGAAGGCAUUGAAAGGAAACGAAGAGAAGUGCACAAAAUCCAUCGAUCUCAUGCGACAGUUCUACACCGAGAACCCGCUCCGCAAACAGAACCCGUCCUUGCCAUCGCCGGCUUUCGACUUGGCCAAUACGAGACAGCACCGGGAUCCGACGAGCCAAGACGCUCUAUCGUCUACGGCAGGCACGCCGUUCGAGUUAGACAGGGGAACUCAGAGCCCAAGAGCUAAGGCUAACGGCCGUGACGACAUCACUAAUACCGAAUCGGGGUCCCAGGCCACACUCAAGGAGCCGGAAAGGCCGAAUGGUAACGGUGUUGCUUCUCCCGGAAAGCGGAAGGAAGUUGAUUCGGACUCUGAGGGUAGGGAGCAGAAACGUGCAAGACUCUCGGACGAGGACGAGGGAGAGGUCUUGGACUAG